AUGUUUAAUUACCUUAUCGUCGACUACCUGGCCCACCACGCGUUGCGUAUUACACGGUGUCUACCGAUAGAAAGCGGCCAAAGAGCCCCCAUUACUCUUCCCGUUCGGUCCCACCGAAUGAACCUCAUAUCCGAGGCCGGGACGUUGCGAAAUUCGGGAACCCUUUUUCUCGGUAUUCCCUCGGAUGCCUGAGACGGUAACCUUGCGGCCAGAACCAUCUACCUGAUUCCCGGAUGCUCGAGAGACGAAGCAGAAAGCGUCAUCGAAUCUCAAUGGACCGAGGAACGAUUAUUUCGAGAUUUAUGACGCGACAUGUGGCUGCAACUUCGGAAUGAUUAUUUGCAAUGUUGA